AACCCGGAUAUGGCAUCACGCAGGCUCUUCUCAUCUCUGCUCGGAUCAUCCCUCCGUCGAUCUCUGCCGGAAUUUCAAGCUCCAAACUCUUCCCGGCUAUUCUCUUUCCUAAACGUUACCUCUCGUCUUUCUCCUGUCCCCAUUACGAUAUUCCCUCAGACUCGGGCAUUCUCAAGAUUUGACCCUGGUUUUGGUUUAGCAUCAGUGCUGGGAUGUUCUAGAGGGGCUUUGUUUCAGCAGGCUGCUACACUUGUACCUUCUUUUGGUGGCAGGUUUAUGUCAACCGAGACAAAUCCUGUCGAUUCUUCUUCUCAAGAUAGUUCCAAUCUGGAGCCUGAAGUUCCUCCUCGCAUCAAGUUUAAGAGAUUAGAUAAAACUGCCAGGCACAUUAUGCAGAUUUUAGACAAGGAAGCUGUAGAGGAGGUGAAAGUGCAGAGAGAGAUACCUGAUAUAAAGCCUGGUUAUAUUGUGCAACUCAAAGUGGAAGUACCUGAGAAUAAGAGACGUGUUUCUGUUAUAAAAGGAAUUGUUAUUGCAAGGCGUAAUGCUGGACUUAAUAGUACGUUCAGAAUUAGGAGGCUGGUGGCUGGGGUUGGGAUUGAAUCUCUGUUCCCUCUGUAUUCUCCUAACAUAAAGGAGAUAAAGGUGCUUGACAAGAAGAGAGUGAGAAGGGCCAAACUCUACUACCUGAGGGAGAAAAUGAAUGCACUUAAAAAUUGAUGCCGAUCUUCGUCGGAGUGGAAAUUUUUUAUGAAUCGCAAUUUGUCAUAGUAUCCGCAUGUGUAUUCGUUUACUUGCUGCUGUUUUGUCGCCAACUAGAUUUUUUUAUACACUGUGGCGGCUUAUUGCACCUAAGAUCAUGCAGUUUUAUUUCAAUCCUUGGAACUGCCAUGUUAUGGAAGAGAGUAAUAUGUAAGAAAUUGUAAUAAGAUGCAUUCGUUUUAAAAUUUUCUCGAAGUCAUGUGUCUCUGUUGUAUUGAAUCCGUGAAAAAUGGGUUUGUAUUUUAUCCGCCUUUUUGCUAAUACAAUGAAAUUGAAAUCAGCAGGGCCUCAGGGAUUGUUUUAAUUUGUAUCUGAUUGGCCAAUUAUAAAUUGCAUUCAAACAUUAUCAAGGAU